CGCCAGAAAGGCAUGGGCCAGCAUGGCCAGGGUGAUGUGCCGGCGCCAGCCGACCCACAGGCGCACCUGAUACUCAUCCAGCCCCACCUCCUGUUUGGCCUCCUUGAAGACAUCUUCGAUGAUCCACCGGGUGCCAGCCACGCGCACCAGUUCCGCCAGAGAUACCUCUCCCGUACCAAAACAGGCGUAGUAGGCCAGGUCCUCAGGAUCGGCGAUGCUGCGACGCACCAGCAGCCAAUGCCCUUGGUCCGGCUCCGACCCGGGCCCUAUCGGCACCCAACCCCAAUCGUA